UUUAUUUUUUUUACGCUUCUUGCUAUUGUGCCUUGACAAUUAGGAAGUUCAGCUUUGUGUCUCAUUGCUAACAGAAAAAUUUGCCUUAGAUGAGGUGAGAAUGAUUAUUCACCUCAUUAGCUUAAAUUUUUUGAAGUAUUAACAAUCUGUUUUGGUCACUUUCUUUAGUUUGUUAAUUACUCAAGUGUUUUGUUGUUUGGAUAGAGCUUUAGGUGAAUGUUACUUGUUCAUGGAGAUACAUCAGAGCUUUAAAUAUGCAGUAACUUUGAGCCACCUAACCUUGCAUAUCUUUGUUUUGGAGUUAAUAACUGAUGAACUUUGGGUCAUUGACAUUUAUCUAGGUUGAAGUCUCUUUAGUUUACGAGUUAUCAAACAAGUUUUGGGUUAUUAAUUUAUUUGGUGUUAGGAACGGUUACAAGUCGAGUCAUUCAUUGAUGAUUGCUUUUUGUUUGUUGGUUAUUAAAUACGGUAAGUAAUAGAUUAGGGAGAUACACGUCGAGUCAUUCUUCACUAUCAAAAUUUAUUGUUUGAUGGUGUAGGGUUUGUUGGUUGUUUUAAUGUUAUGAAUGUGUGGUUGUUGUAGUUUAGGUAAGAACUUAAAUUUGAAAACCUAAACCCACUUGUUUUGAAAGUAAACUAAUGGUGAGCUUUGUAUAAAUAAAAGGUUCACUUGAUAGAAAAACACUAAACACACAACAUCAAGCCUUUAUCACAAAUCACACACAAUUAGCCCAUUCCUUCUCCUUCUAACACACACACGAAUAAGUAGGCUAUGGAUUCAGACACCUCCAUGAACCCCUCUCCUGGCUUCUUCGACCUUCUACAAAGUCAACAUGAAACCUACAUGCUUGUUGACUCUCCUUAUGAGAGUCAAUGUUCUGAUCAACCACCUGCAGCUACACCCCCUGCUGGUAACCAUAGAGCAAGGCAUACAUGGUUACCAGUAGAUGAUUUGAUGCUUGUUAGCGGUUGGCUGAACACGAGCAAGGAUCCUAUAACCUCAAACGAGCAAAGAAGUGGAGCUUUCUGGGGAAGGAUAGCUGAUUAUGUUGCAGAUUGUCCGAAUGUUGUAGGCCGACCAAAGAGGGAUUCCAGUCAUUGUAAGCAGCGGUGGGGUAAGGUCAACGACACAAUGUGCAAAUUCGUUGGUUGCUAUGAUGCUGCGACAAGGGAGAAAACAAGUGGGCAGAAUGAAGAUGACGUGAUGAAGCUAGCAAACCAGAUAUACUUUAAUGAUCAUAAGAAGAAAUUCACCUUCGAGCAUGCUUGGCGAGAGCUAAGAUAUGAUCAGAAGUGGUGUGCGUCCACAUCUGCUAAAGAUACAAGAGUGAAAAGGACACGGGUGGAUGCUACAACAGAUCCUUCAAGUUCGCAACCGGUGGAUGUCGAGGAUGAUCCAAUGAUGACUCGUCCUCCUGGUGUUAAGGCGGCAAAGAGAAAGGCCAAGAAGAAUAACAACACUCAAGCGGAUGUGGAGGUUGAUCCGAAAGCUUGGUUGGAGUUUCAGAUGCAAGAGGUUGCGAGGAUGUAUGAGAUGAAGGAAAAGGAUUUUGCUAACAAAGAGAUAGAGUUUGCUAUGAAAGAGAAGCAUAGAUAAAGGCCAACUAUGGUGCUUGUGAGCAAACAACAAUAAUGACAAAGAGACACCACUUGUGAGCUUCAAGGUCAAGGACAAAGAGACACCACCCGUGAGCUUCAAGGACAAAGAGACACCUCCAUUAGCUUCAAAAGAGUCAGUUUCCCAUGAGCAAACAGCAAAGAGCAACAAUGACAAAGAGACAUAGACUUUGUGAAUUGUUUCAUUGUUUUUUUUCUCAUGACAUAGACUUUGUGAAUUAGCUACAAACACCACCCGUGAGCUUCAUUGUUUUUUUCUCUUGUAAACAGCAAUAAUGCAACACACCAAUUCACAAAGUCUAUAAAAGGAGUGUUUACGAGUUAUCAAAAACUCACCAAUUCACAAAGUCUCCAAACACUCAUAUACUCUCCAAACACUCAUAUACUCUCUAUCUUAUCAAACUUUAUCUUCUCUUUCACUUACAUUCUAAAAAUGGCAUCUUCUUCUCACAAUAAUUUUGAUGACACCAUUGAUGAUUGCUUAAAUCAAGUUUGUGAUCAAAUUUCCAAUCAAGUUUGGCAAUCUCUCCUUACUCCACCUAUUCAACAUCAACAACCACCCAAACCAAAGAAAACAAGAACUUUCAUUGAAAGAAACCGUGAAGUCGGACACGCCCACUUGUGGAACAAUUACUUUAGUGAAAAUGCGAUCUACUCUCCUCGUAUUUCCCGGCGCCGUUUUAGAAUGAACAAGCCCUUGUUCAUCCGAAUCGUUGAGCGACUCGGGAAUGAAGAACAAUUCUUUUAGCAACGUAGAGAUGCUACAGGAAGGCUUGGGCUUUCAGCGCUACAAAAGUGUACUGCAACAAUUCGUAUGAUGGCAUAUGGUUCGGUUGCUGAUGCGUUUGACGAAUAUCUCCGAAUUGCUGAAACCACGGCGUACUCAUGCUUGGAUCAUUUUGUUAAAGCAAUCAUAAAUUGUUUCGGAGAUGAGUACUUACGAAGACCGAUACCAGAAGAUCUUCAACGACUACUCGAUAUCGGAGAGCUACACGGAUUUUCCGGGAUGAUAGGAAGCAUCGAUUGUAUGCAUUGGGAGUGGAAGAAUUGUCCAACCGCAUGUAAAGGUCAAUAUACAUGUGGUUCUGGCAAGCCAACCAUCGUUUUAGAGGCUGUAGCUUCACAAGAUCUCUGGAUCUGGCAUGCUUUUUUCGGACCUCCAGGUGCAUUAAACGAUAUAUAUAUUCUUGACCGCUCUCCCGUGUUUGAUGAUAUUUUAAACGAUCGAGCUCCGAAAGUUAAAUACAGUGUCAAUGGACACCAAUACAAGUUGGCUUACUAUCUCACGGAUGGUAUUUAUCCAAAAUGGUCUACUUUUAUCCAAUCUAUUCCACUGCCACAAACUCCAAAAGACUCCUUGUUUGCUUCGCAUCAAGAAGUUGUACGUAAAGAUGUCGAGCGUGCUUUUGGAGUUUUGCAGGCUCGAUUUGCCAUAGUCAAAAACCCGGCUCUUCUUUGGGAUAAGGUAAAAAUUGGAAAUAUAAUGAGAGCAUGUAUCAUACUGCACAAUAUGAUAGUAGAAGAUGAACGAGAUGGGUACACUCAGCACAUACAGUCCAACCGCACUUCAGAAGUGGACUCGGACUUACCAACAACGAGGCCUUCAUGUGUCUCCUCUAUGAUGAACAUUCGUUUGAAAGUUCGUGAUCGAGAAAAACAUAAACAAUUGCAAGAUGAUUUGGUUGAGAAUAUUUAGGUAAAAUUUGGAGGAUACUAUUAAUCAUUUUCACUUUUUAUGAUUUGUACUUCUAUUUUAUGAUGUUUUAAUGUUUUCUAUGUUUAAUAUGUUA